AGAAGCAGCUUAAAUGAAACGACAAAAUUGGUAGCUACGAAAAAUUACAUCAAAGGCAAAGAAUCUCUCCCAAUAAGAUGGCAAGUGGCUCACUGGGAGCUUCCUCUCAACUUAUUUGUUUUCUUGCAGGACGUACCUAAUAAAGAUAACUCAGAACCUAUAUCAUCCUUUUGGAAAUGGUGGGCAUAUAACAGUAAGAUUAGGCAGUCAAAAAUAAAGAAAGCAAUUAGAUUGUGGAUGGAGAACUGUAGUGUUGAAAGCCACUUAUGAAAUAUAGACAACAAGUCAUUCGCAUCUCGUUUGUUUCUAUCUUUACAUGCGCUUGCCGUGAUACUAUCACUGCUUAAUUAGAAGGGCCAGGUAGAGAUGGGGAAGACAGGCAAAUGGCUUCGAAGUUUCUUGGCAGGAAAGAAAGACAAGGAGAAGGAGAAAGAAAAAUGUAGAAUUGAUCAGAAUUCAGCAACUAAUAUUGAGAAUCCGCUCACCCCAAUUUCGAUCCCACCAACUACUCCAAAAGAAAAAAGAAGAUGGAGUUUUCGCAGGUCUUCAGCUGCAGCAGCAGCUCCCAGCAGGGACAUGAAAAUUACAGAAGCAACCGCCUUGCCACAAUCAGAGGUUCAGGCUACAUUGGAAUCAGAAAAUGAGCAGAAGAAGCAUGCCAUGGCAAUGGCAGUUGCUACAGCUGCUGCUGCUGAUGCAGCUGUGGCAGCUGCACAGGCUGCAGCAGCUGUGAUCCGGCUAACUGCUACUGCCCCUGGGAGAACAAGUUCCAUUGAAGAGGCUGCUGCCAUAAAGAUUCAGUCUGUCUUCCGUUCUUAUUUGGCAAGAAAAGCAUUAUGUGCAUUAAAAGGACUGGUGAAGUUGCAGGCCCUCGUGAGGGGUCACCUGGUGAGGAAACAGGCAACUACUACACUCCGGUGCAUGCAGGCAUUGGUGACUGCACAGGCUAGAGCUCGGGCUCAGAGAAUCCGGAUGACUGAAGAAACAAAGCCAACUAGUCAGAGACAAUCGAUCCACAUAAAAUCAACACAGGAGAACAGAUUCAGGCACACAAAUUAUGAUAUUGAUAGAGGAAUGGAGGAUAACAUCAAGAUUGUGGAGAUGGAUCUUGGACAACCGAAGGGAAACACAAAGAGCAGAAAUAGCUACUCACACCAACCACAAGCAGAAAGAGUGGAGCAUAGAUUUUCCACACGUUAUGCAUCAUCAAAUCGUGCAUACUCAAAGCCAGACUACUGCCAAGUCUCUCCAGCUCCAUCAGUUCUUACAGACAUGAGCCCCAGAGCUUGCAGUGGGCAUUUCGAGGACUACUCCUUCAACACUACACAGAGCAGCCCCCAGUACUACUCUGCAGUAUCAAAACCUGAUCCAUCAAGAAUUCCAUUCUGUUUUCCUCGACCAGAGUAUGCAGAAUCAUUGUCCUAUGAUUACCCAUUUCCAAACUACAUGGCGAAUACAGAGUCUUCCAGAGCCAAGGUUCGGUCACAGAGUGCACCGAAACAAAGGCCAGACUCAUUCGAGAGGCAACCGAGCAGGAGGAGGGCGUCAGUGGAAGGAAGGAAUAUCCCAAGAUCCAAUCGGAUGCAGCGCUCGUCCUCACAUCUGGGAGCAACAACUCAGAAUUACCAAUACCCGUGGUCAAUCAAACUUGACAGAUCAACAGUAUCCCUCAAAGACAGUGAGUGCGGAUCCAUCAGCACAGCGCUCACAAACACCAGUUACUGCAGAACUCUUGUUGGCUUUGAUGUUCAAGGAUAUAGGUACUAACAGUGCACAACUCUCCAUCACUGCAAUGGAUAUUUGGUGUCUCAUCUUAUUCAAGGAAGCAAUGUAUUGCACUGAUAGCUAUUAAAACGUUCAACAAUAAAGAGCUGCCGACAACUUCUUAAUCCUCACUCUGUUACUCAUUGCAAGGAAGCGGAGUAUUGCAAGCCGUAAUUGUAGAUUAUUUAUUUUUUACUUCUUUUUAAUGAUUUGGACAACUAUGUUCCUGAUGGAAGCAUUAUGCUAAGAGAAUUAACCUCAUGAAUGACCAAGAAAGUUGAGGAAUGCACAUUACUUUUUGUCUCUAUCAAUAUAAAUUCAUUUGGGUGUAAAUUUUUCUCA